GAAACCGCCAUUUUGAUCAUAAUUUUAAUGUUGACUUGUUUUCGCGUGUAAUGCGAAUUUAUAUAUAAAUCGAUUGAUUAGGGAUGUAAUAUUUGAAUUAAAUCAAUUCUACAUAGUGUACAUAUAUUUAGUGAAAAUGGAGGAAGAAUAUAUGGACACCCAAGACACAAGUGCAGUUGAAACUAAUCGAAAUGAACCAAGUGAUAAUAGUGAUCAAAAAGAAUAUGAGUUUGGUUAUGAAGAUGGCUUCGAUGAUGAAGAUCCUGGCGGUUUUAGGGGUGCUCCCCGUGGCCGUGGCAAUUUCAGAGGCCGAGGGAGGGGUGGAAUGCCUCCUCCUGGAUGGAUGAAUGGACCUCCACCUCCAAUGAGGUUCAGAGGGCGUGGCUAUGGACCUGGUGGUCCACCAAUGAGAGGACGAGGAUUCUUUAGAGGCCGAGGUGGACCAAGAUUUGGACCAAAUGGUGGUCCAAAUUUCGAUAAUAACUGGGGUCCUAUGGGUCCCCCUCCACCAAUGAUGGGUGGGCCGCCUCCGUUUGGGCCCCCACCGCCUGGCAUGAUGGCCUCAGGGCCAAUGGGUCCCCCACCAAAUAUGAUGGGGCAACCACCACCAUUCGGACCGCCUGGUAUGCCUCCACCAAAUAUGCUACCACCUGAGCUGUGGGUGGAAACGAAAUCAGAAGAAGGGAAGUCCUACUACUACCACCAUCGGACAAGGGAAACCACAUGGACUAGACCACAGGAAGGACCCACUUGCAAGGUUAUCAGCCAAUCAGAAAUGGAGGCUAUGGCUGCCAACAGUCACCCGGCUUUGAAUCCACAAAUGGCCAUGAAUAACCCUAUGGGAGGUCCAAUGGGUGGACCACAGAUGGGUGGUCCCCCAAUGGGUGGGCCUCCAAUGGGUGGUCAUCAAAUGGGAGGUCCGCCAAUGUCUGUCCCACCUAUGGGCGCCCCCCCAUUGGGAAUGAUGCCAAAUGGGAUGAUGAUGCCCCCUCCGCAAGCUGUUGCCCCACCAGGAGGUCAGCAGAACGGGCCUCCUUCUAAUGUGCCUCACUUCAUGUCGCAACCACCACCUUGGGGUAAAGAUGGUAAUCAAAUGAACAAGCAAGAGCAACCGGAACAGAAUGCAAUGAUGGAUGAGAUUCCUCCGGGAGAAGCUCAGAACAACCAGGCCAAUGUGUCUGCGACAUCAGCUCCCCCCACAUCUUCAGCGAUGGGUGUUCCUGCGCUUUCGACGCCCCCUAACGGUCCCCCGCCCGCUGGUUGGAGCACCUGGGGCUGGGGCCCCCCACCCGUUGUUGGACAGCCUAAUUUAGCGGAAAAUUCAUCAGCGCCCGCUAACGGGAUUCAAGGGAAUGUACCUCCGCAGGUCGGAAACGACUCGCCCAUACUGUGUGAAGCGUCGCCUCCCCGUACUGAGCCUCUGGUGGUGCCGCCGGAGUUGGAAGCGGCAGCCAGUGAGUGGAGCACACACAUGGCUCCUGACGGUCGGCCGUACUACCACCACGCUGCCACCGCUACCAGCGUUUGGGUCAAGCCGGAGCCAAUGAGACAACUCGAAGAAUUAAAAGCAAAAAUUGCACAAGUAAAAUGUGAAAAGAGGGAAAUGAAUAGUGAGCCGAUCAUAAUAUUGGAUGGAGACACGGAUGAACCUGAGAAGGCGAGCGUGGCAGACGCUGAGGCGGCGGAGAGGGAGAAGGCCGCGCGCGAGCGGGAGGAGCAGGAGAGAGCCGAGAAGGAGCGGGAGGAGAAAGAGCGCGCGGAGAAGGAGCGGGAGAAGGAGAAGGAGAAAGCCAAGCCGGACAAGACACGCCCUGUUUCCAGCACGGCUAUUACUGGGACGCCGUGGUGCGUGGUGUGGACGGGCGACGGGCGUGUGUUCUUCUACAACCCGACGGCGCGCCAGUCGCUGUGGGAGCGACCCGCGCAACUGGCGGGCCGCAAGGACGUCGACAAGGCGGUGAUGCAGGCUCCUGCUGCCGUGCAGCGUAAUAAGGAUGCGGCGCAGAGCACACCCAAAGUCAGCAACGGUGACCUGAAGCGAGACCUGGAAACUGAUUCUGAUUCAGAGUCUGAAGCCAAGAAGUCCAAACCGGAUGGGGCAGCGGAGGCAUCGACAUCGGCAUCGACGAGCGAGGCGGGGCCAUCGGGUGUAGCGGGGGUGGCGGCCCAGAAGGGCACCAUCGACGCUAACGCCGAGGCGGCCGUCGAGGCGGAGAUCAUCGCGGCUCGCAAGCGGAUCGUGCUGCCCUUCGAGCAGCGGGUGGCCGCCUUCCUGGAGCUGCUGCACGAGAACAACAUCUCGGCCUUCAGCCCCUGGGAGAAGGAGCUGCACAAGAUCGUGUUCGACAGCCGCUACCUGCUGCUGGACUCGCAGGAGAGGCGCCGGGUGUUCAAUAAAUAUGUCCGCGACCGCGCUGAGGAGGAGCGCAAAGAGAAGCGCAACAAGCUGCAACAGAAGAAGAAUGUGUUCAAACAGCUCAUGGAGGAAGCGAAGCUGCAUUCCAAAUCGUCAUUCACGGAGUUCUCGACGAAGUAUUGCCGCGACGAGCGGUUCCGCGGCAUCGAGAAGGUGCGAGAGAGGGAGCUGUACUUCAACGAGCACAUCGCCGAGUUGAGAAAGAAGGAGAAGGAAGAGAAGGAGAAGAAGCGGGAACAGGCGAAAGUGGACUUCAUGCAACUGUUGAAAGAUAAGAGCAUUGACCGCCACACGAGGUGGGUCGAUGUGAAGAAGAAGAUAGACUUGGACGUGAGGUACAAGAGUGUGGAGACGAGCUCGCUGAGGGAGGACUACUUCAGGGAGUACUGCAAGAUGAUUAAGGAAGACAGGAAGAAGGAGAGCAAGGACAAGGAACGCGACCGCAGUAGCAGAAAAGAGAAGAAGGAGAAGGAUAAGGACAGGGAGAAGGAAAAGGAUAAGGACAAAGAUAAAGAUAAGGAGAAGGAGAAUAAGAAGGAGAAGAAGGAGAAAGCCGGGGAGAAAUCGGAAUCCACAAUCGAGGCUGAGAAGAAACAGCCGACACCGCCGCCAGACCAAUGGCCCGAUAUCCUCGGCAUACCGUACAAAAAAGACUCGAAAUCGCAAAAGAAAACCGACAAAACCGACACGGAAAACCAGGUUUCACCGAAACAGCUGCGCUCCUCGAAGAAGGAGACGCCCGCAGCGGAGGGCAGUGCAAGCAAGCCAACGCAAGUUUCGCCGUCGAAGAAGUCCAAGCAGGAGUUCAAAUCGCCCGAGCCGACUGAGAGCAAAGGCAAAAAGAAGGCUGAUAAGCGAAAACGGAAGUCGGAGAAAGAAUAGUGUUUGCUUAACGUGUUCCGUAAGCGGGGGCAAAGUCGGGAUUCAAACUAAAUUACGUUUCUGUAGACAAUUGUGUGAAUCUCGUACUGUUUUGUGUGUGAACAUUUCGGAACAGUUAUUAUACGCAGCAUUUAUAGUCCCCCGUAUGUUUUAUGGCGUGAUUGAUACGCGUCGAUCUGAGCUUAUGAAGCCCUAGUGAUACACUAUCCAGUAGCGGACUACACUGGUUAGCUGUUAUAAGAUUGUUUUACACUGAUUUUAUAUUGGACUCUAUACACGUUUGUAUAUGUUACGGCAGUAUUGACACCAAUGUUCACUGGUUAUCAAACACAGAAGUGAUAUUGUAAUAAUGCAAUUACAGAAGCUAAUUUUGUUAGCUGGAAAAAUGGUUUGGUGCAGUUAUUCAAUAAUAGUACUAUAUGCAACUGUUGUGUAAUAUGGGGUAUUAAAACACGAAUGUGGGUUUUAUAAUUAUAAACAACUUACAAUUGUAGCACAUGAGUGUUUUAAUACUUACUUAUCAACUGUUGCCUACAAGACUAUCUACACCCAUAAUAUGAAUCCUCUAUAUAAGAUUCUGAAACAGUUAGCUUACUGCUAACAUUAUAAAAGCCAGUCCUACUAACCAUUACAUCACCCAAACGAGUGUUGUAAUGUUGUACUGAAAUUCACUACAACACUCGUUUGGAUGAUGUAAUGGUUAUUAGAACAUUGGGUUUUUUAAAGUUGGCAAUAAGCUAACUGUUUUUAAAUCUUUAAUAGAGGAUUUAAAGCAUGUGUGGUAGAUAAAAUGGCUACACGCGGUGAUACUGCAGUUAUCCAAUAGCCUAUAUGAUCGUUUUAUUGCCGUCAUACAAAAACAAGCUUGAGUGGCUAUCAAUAAAGCAAUAAAAUCAUAAUUCCUUUGAUUUAUUCGCUCGUCAACAAAAAUAAAUAAAUAAACUUCCAUGAUUAGCCAGCAAAGCGAUGCUAUUGUUGUAAUUCAGUAGAACUUUCUGGAUAUCGCUAUAGAUGGUUUUGUUGCCAUAAUUUACAUUUACAUAGCCAAAUAAAACAAUAAUAUUGUUAUUAUUCGAAAUCGGAUAUUACUGGUUACACAACGUAAUAAUAAACUGAAUAAUAAUAUUUUAAUCCCAGUUUUUCAGUAACGAAACUGUAUUUAUUCGUUAUUCGAUAAGAUCGUUUUAUUUGAACGAUCCGAUAACGAACUUACAAAGUUACUAAGGCCCAUCGUAGUAUGGCUUCAUCAACGAACUUUCUAACUAUCGUACGAAAUCUUGCCUCGGCCUGAUUAUAAAUUGAUGUUUUACCAACAAGACGGCGUUUCGCGUACAUCUAUUGUGUACGGUGCACAAUUUUGACGAGCUCAAUUGUGUAGAUAUAAUAAAAGCUAUUUAUGGAUUAGCUUGAGUAGUGUACUCAACUAAUUUGUCGAUGUAGUUAUAAGCUUUGUAAAUAUGAAUAUAGGGUUUGUUGUGAUUGUCUGUUUUUUUUAUUUUGUUUUCGAAUAGGUAGUAGUAGGAUAGUACUUGGAAUCCAUUUUUUCUAACUUAUUGAUAUAUAACAAUGUAUUUGGAGUUUGAGCAAUGUUUGCCAAAAUACCGAUAUGAAAACUUUUUUCAUAUAUACUUGGUAUUGUAUAUAAAAAAUCUCUGGAUACAGAUAAGAAAAUGAUUUUAUGUUAGAACCAUUGACGUGCAAUCAACAACUAGUCUAACUAAUUUCCUAUUAAAAGGUCAGUUGUACAGAUUACAUUAAAACAUUCAUUCAAAUCAUAAUACGUUAUUGGUGGCAGUAAUGUUCAAAGUUUAUUUGUAUACGCUCGGACGCGAAAACGAGACAAGAAUAUUUUGUUUUCGCAAUUGAAAUGUAAUUUUAUUAUUAAAAUGAUUAAAAACAUCAAGUUAGUUACAUAAUCUUGUUAAUAUAAAAGGAGCGCUUACCUGAAAUACGACACUGCAUCCUUUUUAAGUUUGGAUAUGCUGUUAUUUGAACAGUUUUCCACUGAACACUGUUAUUGCGUGGCUUUCCAUUCAAAGCGCGGUCGACACACAACAAAUUGCUUCAGAUUAUUUUUGAGCGCGAUUCUUAGUCUAGCUCUUUAUUGUCAAUGGUUAGAAUACAUAACUGAGUAAUUUAUCAGAAGCUUGUAUAUUUAUUGGUAGCAACUGAGGUCAUUAACCUUAGAUUUUAGAUCUUAUCUAGUCUUGCUUGACUUGUGUCUGCGUUGUAAUAUUUUAUAAAUGAAAACUUAAAGUUUUGAAUCGAAAUUAUUCUCGUGACGUGAAAAAUAUCUUUGUAUCGAGAAAGUAAUGUUAGUAAAUUAAUUAUUGGAAGGCUUCAAUCCUUUAUUUUGAUUAAAAUUAUUAAAAUGAAACGGAGAUGUUUGCAUUUUAGUUGAUAUUGAUGUCACAAAAUUAAGGCAAAACUUUUCUUUAACAUAUCAUGUUACUAACUUCACUUACUUAGACUAUAGGUAAAAUUAAAAAAGAUGGCUAACCCUGUGAUUUUUUAGAUAUGAUUCCAAAGUUUUCGAGAUUGGAUUACAACCAGUAUACCAGAAUUUGUUAGGUAUGAUCCCGACUUAUCUAGGUUGGAUUAUGUCCGGUAUCCCGGUAUUAAGUAACUUCUUAUGCCAUGCUGUUGUUGAACAGUCAAAGUGAAGUUACUGUGUAAUUUAUGUACUAUUUUAUGUUACUAAACCAUUAUUUAUCUUGUAUGUAGAUUCGUUUGCAAUUUUUUUUUAAUAUUAAUUGAUUGAUGAAAUAUAUUUUAUUGGUCGAUUGUUAAGAUUACAAGUUUAAUAACUCGGUUGUUCGUAUACAUAUUAAUAAUUUAUAUUUUAUUAUUGAAACUUAAAUACAAUCGGGAUUUUUAUUAGUUUAGUGAUUACAGAUGCUGUUAAAUAAUCUGUUCAAAUUGGAGGAGACCGUCACAAAAUUGCAGCUCUUUAAUAAAAUGUCUGAAUCUACUCUAAAUCUAAAAAGAACUGUCAUGACUGACAUUGCUGCUUAUUCAAUAUUUUACAGUUGUUAUUUUUUUAAUGAAACGAAUAAUCAAUUAUUUACUUAGUUAUCUGUUUCAUUAAAAUUAUUCAACUGUUCAAAUUAAAAGUUAAAAGCAAACAUAGUUGUGUGACAAGUGACAGGUGGAUGGAAAAUUUUUUGACAUCACAUGCCAAAACCCUAAAAUGUUAGAACACAAUGGCGCCGAGCCCACUGCGCGCGGUCUUACGGUCGGAGUUCAGAGUUCUGGGUUUCUCAGUCAAACUUGCGUACACUGCUAGCGGUCUGGUCUAGUUUGUAGUUCAGUUUCAGUAGGUAAUCUUUGCCACUGGUUAGGUAACGCGACACAUGCCCUUUUAAAAAUUAAAUAUCCGGACAACCGAGCCUUGCUCGUAUUUUUAAGAAUGAAUAAAACAUGAAAAAAAAAAAGAACUAGUAGGACAUCUGGAUUCGAACCGGGGUCUUCUGUUUUCUGGAUCACCCAAAUUAAAAAUCCGUUGUGUGACAUAAUUUGGGGAUGAACGGCUGAUGGAUGGGCCCAUUUUCUCGUUUGAGAAAUGCCUUUUCUUCGAAUCUAAUAUUACUGAGAACAUUAGGUACAGUUUUAACAAAUGAAUUUGUAGUUUUUAUAAUUGAUGUUAUGUACACUACUAUAUUGCAAGUAAAAAAAUAUUCAGGUGGUAUUUAUUGAAUAUAGCAUUAGAAAAAUGAUUUGACCUGACAAAUUGGCAACCAAAAUAAGUACCUCGUGUCAUUCUUGAAAGAAAGUGCGCUGGCUUUUACAGUUUUUUUUUUACUUCUGAGAUCGACUUAAAGCCCUCUUUAACGUGGAAAUGUGCGAAUUGUCAAAAGAUAUCACGACUUUUGCCCUGUGUGAGCGAGAUGGAGACAGGGACGCGUGUAGGUCAGUGAACGAAGUUGUCUGCUUCGCGACCGAGGUUGUGAGUGCCACUUGCGAAACAUAUUGUAUAAUUCGCUUGUAUGUACAAAUUGUAGAUUACUUUAGUUUUAUUUGCUUCCAUGCAGUAUGUAAUUGAAGGUGUGACCAGGCGAUUAGUCCGUAACUGUUACAGAUAUCAAAAAAACUUUAAACUGAUAUCGAAAGUAAUUUACCUAGUCAGUAAAAUGACAUCAAUAACUUUCUAAAAAUCAAAAGAGAAGUAUCCAAAAUUUUGACAUAAACAUACAUUUAGUAUGAGAUUAGUAGAAUGGAAUCUCAUAACAUGGAUGUCACUUUGAACAUCUACUUUGAAUACAAAAUUUAGUAAUUUUAUUAGUGUGUUAGGGAUAAUAAGCAUUUUUCUUUAAUAUCAGUGCAACUAAAAUAACCUUUUAAACUAAGGAAUACGUUUCUACUCAUGUACUCGUAUUACUAAAUGUAUGGGUGUUUAAUGUCAAAAUUUUGGAUACUUCUCGUUUUGAUUUUUAUAAAGUUAUUGAUGUCAUUUUACUGAUUACAUAACGUACGUUCGAUAUCAGUUUAAGGUUUUGUGAUAUCUGUUAUAGUAAUGUCGCCUGGUCACACUCAAUGAUUACACCCUGUACAUGAAUAUGUAAACUUUGUAUAGUUUAGAGAGGCUUAUUUUGUCUCCAUGCUUAUCCACUUAACUAAGUUCCUUACCUUGGUCGUUUCGUUAUGGGAAAGUUUCGAGUGCCUUCUUAAAAACCGGCAAGGUCUUGUAACCUGACCUGUUUUUGCUAGAAUCACGAGCAGCGGUGAUCCACCUAUCGUGAGUUAACAUGCAAAUGCUUGUUUUCCCUCCUUUAAUUGCGGGCAACAUAUCGAUGUAUUUAAAAAGGAAACGAAUUAUUAAUACUAUUUCUGUGCCGAAACACUUGUAUAUAAUAAUAUAUGGUUAUAGGAGUAGUGGUAAGUGUUACAUUAAGAAAUAUUAUUGAUAUUAUUAAGACCGUUUCAGUCCAGCUGUAAAUAAAUUUUGCAAAAUCUAUAAUAGUUGUCGCCAAAGUCACAAAACGGGGGAAUAGUAUUGUCGAUACUUCGUGCUCUUUCGCACUCUCCGGCCAUAUUGACUGACGGGUAGAAUAUGUGAAUAUCAAACCCGUUACGUAAGACAUACUAAUUUCUGAGCAAAGUCUAGUGCGGUAUAACGUUUGAUUUAAAUGUUAUUGUAAUUUGAAACAGUCGAUGCGUUAAUGUAUAGUUCAGUGACGUCACCCUGUCUUAUAUAUUUCGCCAUCGUCACAGCCGCAAAACAACCAAUAAGAGCGAAGAAAUAUAGCUAUAUAUAUAUAUUGCUACUGUCUGUUGUCGAUUCGAACCCGGGACCUCUAGCUUAGUAGGUAGGAUCGCUAACCACUCGGUAAUAAAUAAUAAUUAAGUAUCAGAAAUAAAAUCAACCCAAUGAAUUAUAAAAUUUGAUGUAAAUUUUUUGUUCAGAAAAAUGAAAAGAAUUAUUAUAUAUGAAUGUAGUUUAAAUUUUUAGAAUAUGUAAGGUACUUCCCUUCCAUAUGGCAUAGCCGUGGGAUGCUCUGUAUAGCUGUUAGAAAUCUACUGCAUUUUUAGGUCUAUGUUUCGGUUGAUGAUUUGAUUGGUUGGUUUGGAUUUGUUCGCUGUCAGUCACAAUACUGUUGAGUCAUGAUUUAUAAAUUAUAUUCUAUAUGUAUAAUUCCAGUAUCAUUGGUUUUAAUGAUAUCAUGAAAUUGUGUAAAUAAUAAAAUAAAAGAGUAUGGAACUAGAUUACUGGAGUGUCUGAUUUACUAUAAUAAUAUAUUCGUAAUAUUUUUAAUUGGUGUUAUUUUAAAAACAAACCUAGUGAUAGUAUUGAUGUAAUACCGCAAAAAAAAAUAUAGAUCUAUUGAAUUCAAACCAAUAAAAAAAUAAGUCGUAAUUAUACAAAAAUGACAACCCUAGUUACUAAUGUCAUCCUUCUCGUGCAGUCGUCUAUAGAGUAGGAAAGAUAGCGUAGGGCUGUCUCAUUUAUUAAAAUAUUACGUGUUUUAUUCAUUUUAAAGUACUUAGAAGUAUGAAAUGUAAAUAUCUAUAUAAGAAUAAGUUUGUGUCUAAGUUAAGAUAUUGUAUUUUUUAAUUCCUUUUUGAGUGUUACUACAAUUAAAGAUUUAAGAUAUUAUGUAA